UUCGGGCCCGCCAAGCCGCCGGGCGCCGGGGCCGCGCCGCCGCCCGCCGCCGCCGCCGCGCCGCCGCCGGGCGAGGACGCGGCCCGCAAGGCCGCCGCUGGCCCCUUUUACCUGCUGCGGGAGCUGCCAGGCACCACGGAGCUGACGGGCAGCACCAACCUCAUCACGCACUACAACCUGGAGCACGCCUACAACAAGUUCUGUGGGAAGAAGGUGAAGGAGAAGCUCAGCAACUUCCUCCCCGACCUGCCCGGCAUGAUCGACCUGCCCGGCUCCCACGACAGCAGCAGCCUGCGCUCGCUCAUCGAGAAGCCGCCCAUCUGCGGCAGCUCCUUCACGCCCCUCACGGGGGCCAUGCUGACCGGGUUCCGCCUGCACGCCGGCCCGCUGCCCGAGCAGUGCCGGCUGAUGCACAUCCAGCCCCCUAAGAAGAAGAACAAGCACAAGCACAAGCAGAGCCGCACGCAGGACCCCGUCCCCCCAGAAACCCCCUCAGACUCCGACCACAAGAAGAAAAAGAAGAAAAAAGAGGAGGAUCCGGAGCGGAAGAGGAAGAAGAAAGAGAAGAAGAAAAAGAAGAACCGGCACAGCCCGGAGCACCCGGGCGUGGGCAGCUCCCAGGCCAGCAGCAGCUUACGGUGAGACCACCCCAGCACCGCCCCGGGGACCCCCUGGCCGAUGGCCCUGGCUGACCCUGGGCAGGGGCACUGGGCUGGCCUGUCCACCCCCCCCCGGCAGAGAGGACACCCCCACAGGCCCCUGGGACCAGAGGCACAGACUCUGCGGGUGCUGACCUCGGGCUUUUGUACCAAAAGACCCUGGAGCGUCGGGGCCUGUUUUUUAGUUACCUCUGAACUAAAGUCUCUGCUCUGGGGAGGGGCUGGGGGCCGCGGCUGCUGCGACCCUCGGCCGUCACGGCGUGGGGAGCAGCCCUGAGCGAGGGCUCCCUGGAGUGUGCGCCAUCAGCACCACCCUGAGCUCCUGCCCCGGCUCUCAGCCUGGCUCUUACCUUGGCUUUGGCCCUGUCCUGCUCUGGCCCUCGCCUCCCAGGCCUGCUGAGGGCAGGGGGGACCCCUGGAGAGGCACCGUGUCCCUGCGCAGAGGUGGCAGCUGCCGCGGGCACCGGGAUCUCCAGCAGCAGUCACAGAGACACCACAGCCCUCCUCCGGAUCUCGAGCCUCACCAGCACCUGCCACACCUUCCCUGGAGCAGCUUUCCCCAUGCCUGGAAAAUCCUUACCUUCUGUGGGAGCAGUUUGCCCAAAAGCAGCCCGAGGAGCAGCUGGGCUUGGCUAUCCCCAGGCCUCCUUCCCUCUCCCCACCUCAGGAUGGGGAAGGCUGAGACCCCAAGGAACAGGAGCUCCUCCAUCCCUGGACGCCAAACAAAGCACACGCACGGCCCCGGGGUGGCUCAUUAAAUAUCCUUUUAUUCCUCGUUUUUAAAAUGGCUGAUAAUAAUAAAAAACCCCUGCGAGGCUCUGUGGGGCCCCGGGAGCU